ACUUCCAUAUAAUUUCCACCUGCACGUCAAAACAAAUAUCCCUGAGAUUGUUUUCAUUUAAUUUUCGUCAAAACAUAAUUUGGAAAACAAUCAAUUUCGUUCGUCCAAUCGUUUUUCUCCGCGUGCAGCACCUUUUCAGCAAACGUUUUAUUGAAAAAUAUUUUGACUGAUUACUGUAAAAAUUAUCGACAAAGAUGACAAACCCGAAAGAUAACUCCUCGUUGCCAAUUUUCGACAAAUUCGAAUUGAUGGAUAGUCACCAAUCUCAAAUUGCACGGGACACGGUGAACCGAAAAGACUACACCAAAAAGUGUGUGUCUCGUUCCUUGAGCAACCCCUGCACGUACGACUAUAACAUGCGAAGCACCGGAGCACCUAGUCACGUGAAAAACCAGCUGACAUUCACAGGAGGAAUCGCCAGCUUCAUCGGAGAGCCGGAGCAAAGUUUCCGACGAGUUACGACUAAUCCAACAUUAUCAACUGGUAGAAAAGACAGUCUAAAUAAAUCUUUGGAUCUGACCUCCCAGUCGAAAGUUGCUUCAAAAAUGGUUGAUUUGGGAAGACGUGAAAACAUUACGAUGUCCGCAAGACCUUUCAAUGAACUGUUGAACAAAAAAGUGACUUAUAGCGGAAGCAAUAAAAACGAAGUGAUGCAAGGAAGACGAGCUGAACAAGCAAGAGUGACUGAAAAUGUAACCAAGCAUGUAACUGAACUUCUGGGAAAGGGUGGUCCGAUAACUAAUGGACUGAAUGGUGUUGUCUCUAAUGGUUUGGGAGAUGGACAAACUGCAGAUAUAAAGGACUUGGUGAAAGAUGCUGUGAAGGAGUAUUUUGACAGUAUGAAUCUGCCCCAGCUAGCCUCCCAAUCUUACUCACGCAGUCCACUGCAACAGAAGCCGCAGACGUUGGGCAACCCAGAGUUCAGAGGCUACAAUGAGUCUGGCGAGGAGGUGUGGGCGGUGGUGAAGAAAGACCCCUUUGCAGAACUUGGGCUGAUGAAUACAAGUGCAUCCAGACCAGGAAGCAGAAUGAUGGCUUUGAGACAGUCAGCGCCUCCCAACUCAUUCCAGAGAUCCCAGAACCAGCUGUGGAACAAUGAUGGCGACUUCCAGAAUAGUCUGAACAGCUGGGCCAUGGCUGCUCCCAGUCACGAGCGGGAGAUAGUGAAGAACCUACUGAAAAGACUGAAUGGAGGCCAAACUCCUGCGGAAUUUGCAAACAGACCUUCGCGACGUGCUGCUAGUGCCACACCCGUGGAACCCUACCAAUACCAGUGUGAUCUGAGCAUGUUCUCCAACCCGCCCUUCAACCCCUCCAGACACUUCACCAUAAAUCCAGAGUGGACCAGCGAACGCCUAGAGGUCAAGAAGAUCCCAGCUGCCCAUCUGCACCCGUCGGCUACUCUGAAAAACAAACUGGGACUUCUCAGAAGCUGAUCUAAUAGAAACGAGAAGACCAAAAAUAAUAAGUAAAGCUAAGCUAUGGAAUUAAAGACACGCAAUGAAAAAUUGAAUUAAUAAUUUUAAAAAAUGCUUCGCUAAUUUAGAUCCAAAUGAUCGUUUUUAAA